UCAGAGGAGCGUUACGUUUACAGGAACAACUAGGAAGUGUUCCUUAUCACAGUUUGGACCACUGUUCUGAAGGUGGUUUGGAUCUUAAUACAGUGUGGCAGCGAUGACACACUGUAGGCUAUUGUAAACAUAAACCCAAGCAAAAUUGUUCUUCGAUAUUGUCUAAAAUGGCCAUAUCAGGCCACAGUAGAGCCUAAUGCCUUAGCCUAUCGUCUAAACUCGAACCUAUAGGCUAUAUGAACCGCUAUCAUAACAUGGUGUAACGCUGCUCAUCAACUGCACCUCGUAUAAUAGCCUAUUGCAAUCUGUGUUUGUUUAAUCCGUGAGUUUUAAUCAAAUGAAGGUGCUUGUCAUUGUAGCAUAGGUUGACGUUAAUUCAAUCAGACUCAAAUGCGAAAUUAUGCCGUUUGUAGGUUUUCUACGUGUUAUGUCCGUAGUAAAUCUGUAAAACAGCUGAUCUAGAUCCCCUAUUUUAGAAUAACAGACUUGCACGACGUUCUCGUGUUGUGUGAAUUGGCAACGAUGUCACUGGGACAUCAAUCAGAGAUUUGGUUUCCAACCCAAGUGCAAGUCACAGUCGUUAGAGCAGCAGAUUUGCAACCAAAAGGCAAAAAUAGGACAAACGACGUUUACACCAUCAUCCAGCUAGGAAAAGAGAAAUACUCAACUUCCGUGGCAGAAAAAACUUUACACCCUGUUUGGAGAGAGGAGGCUUCAUUUGAGCUACCAGGACUACUUAUUGAGGACACUACAGAGUUUCAACUAUGCUUGCUGGUUAUGCACAGGUCUCUGGUUGGCUUGGAUAAAUUUUUGGGACAGAAGACCAUCAACCUCAGCGAGUUUUGUGAUAACAAGGAGAAAAGCAAAACUGUCUGGUAUACACUGGAGUCUAAACCUGGGAAGAAGUGUAAAGAAAGAGGCAGGAUCCAGGUGAGCAUCCAGUUCACGCGCAACAACAAGACCAGCAGUAUGUUUGAACUCUCUGUCAAGCCUCGCUCACCCUUCUUCAAGCUCAAGGAUAAAAUUAAAGGCUGCAAACAGCAUAGUGGAAACUUCUCCAACUCAUCAUCAAUUGUUUUACCAUCUUCUGGACCUAGUAGUUCAAAAGCCAAGCCACAGCAAGUCUCAGAGUGUCCUAUUCAACUCCAGUCUGAACCUAAGCGUGUACAGUCAUUAGUCAGUAAACACAAACUUUCGGCUGCCCAAUCCUUGUCAGAUCUCAUUGGCUCCAACUUCUGCUCUAAAAUGGAUUCUGAGAGUGGAAAUGUCUCAUCUCAGUGGCACUUUCAAAAUCAAGCAGAAGGGUCUUCAGAAACAUUGAGGAGUGAUUCUGUCUACAGUAAUAGGGACUGUAUGCCUCAGAAGUAUGCGACACUUCCACGAAAUCAUAACCCAUUUGAAGUAGAAGAGAAAGGAUUUUGGGAGACCAGGAAGGAGAGUGAGUGGAAAGAAAAUGUUGAAGUCCUGAAGCGAAAGGCACGGAAGAAGGUGGGGAAGAACAUGGAUGAUUAUGGGCACUCAGGCAGCUCUGGAAACUUGCAAUUGGCUAAUCCUUUCAGCACAGAAUCACUUGGGGACCACAACCCUUUCAAGUCAUGCUACAAAGACAAUGAUAAUAUGAGAAUACCUGUCAGCGGCACUGACCUCAGUGCCAAGCAGAGGACGUCGCCAGGAAAGACAGGUAUUAAGCAGAAAAAAGAAUCGGGUCAAUGCCCAGCCUCAGCUGCAUCUUACAGCAACCUGUCAUUUGAUGAAGUUGUGCAGGAACUGCUGAAGCAGAAAGAAGUUGUGAAAAAGAAGGAUGCACAUAUUCGUGAGCUUGAAGACUACAUUGAUGACUUGCUGGUUAGGGUCAUGGAGGAGACACCUAGCAUUCUUAGAACACCAUAUGAACGAAAGAAAAAAGCUGAGAGGAUCUACAAAUGAGGCACAGAAGCUCAGAGAGAAAUAGUACUUCACUUACAUUGAGGGUCAGCCCUAUAUUGUAUGCACGAUGUUAACAAACAUUCAAACACUGUGUACCAAAGACAAUAGACUAUAUGCCACUGAAUCACUCUCAGCCAACUGUGUUGUACUGGCUAUUGUUUUAAUCGAUCGACUCUUUUAGACAAGCAUAAAGACAUCUCUUCUCCCUGUGAACAGCCUUUCUGAAUAGCUAUCUCUAUAUAAAAACACCUUUACUGUAGCCUACCUGUUUACACAGAUCCGGUUGGGUGUUGCACCUAGUGAAUGAGCAUGUUAAGAUGUUGAAGGAUUUAUGCGCGUGUCAAUGAUGAAUAAAGAGUUGGCUGUUGGGCAUAAACAAGUUGUUCAGUGUCUGAAUAAACAUCAAAAGGAGCAGAAUAUAACAAAAGAUGCUUUUACAACCCAGAUGACGUUCCACCGGAAAUAUACUGUAUGUGCUGGCUGACAGCCUUCUGGGGCAUAUAGUCAAUUUGCUAAAGGAAAAGAAAACCUACAGUGGGCGGUAAAAAUUAAUUGUACACAGGCUGAAAAAAAGAAUAUAUGAUAUAUUUCAUAUUGCAUUCAUCUCAAAACACAUCUGUGUGGCCUAUGUUAAGCAAUUUCUUCCACAAUAGUUAGCCACUCAACUGUAAUAACUUCUAAUCACUUACUGUUAUUAAUGUGUAAUUCAGCUAUAAAUAUAGACUUAAUUUAGACAUAAUUUUGCUGAUUAUCCAUCAGUGUAGGUGAGGCCAUUUGAAUACUUUUACAAGGAUUUAGAGUAUUUUAUGUCUUUGGGUUAGCCUCUCAAUCUCCUUGUCUCUUGUCUAUCUUUGCCUUUUUGGACUGGCCUUUAUCCUUCUCAAAUGAAGGCCUAUUGCUACUUGACAGAUAAAGCUAGGCCUGCAAAACUCAAAUAUUCAAUUUCAUCCUUUCCAGGUCUCCAUUAAUCUAUUUGAAGGAUCUGUCUAGGUAUGGCUUGUGAAAUAUACUGAGCACAUGGCUUAUUUCUUUCUACUUGAAAUAUGUACACUUUUGGUGCCAAAGUAAUAAUGAUGUAUGAUGUAUUUGUGUACUGGAAAAUAAAAAAGCAAUACAACAGUAACCGAUUAAAAUGUGCCUUUUGAGCCGGCCAGUAUUUCUGAGUUAUCCAUGUUCCUUC